AUGAGUGGCUUCCUCGCCUCCCUGGACCCCCGGCGAGUGCAGUGGGGGGCUGCCUGGUACGCCAUGCACUCCAGGAUCCUGCGCACCAAACCGGUGGAGUCCAUGCUGGAGGGAACUGGGGCCACCACAGCACAUGGCACCAAGCUAGCCCAGGUGCUCACCACCGUGGACCUCAUCUCGCUCGGAGUUGGCAGCUGCGUGGGCACUGGGAUGUACGUGGUGUCUGGCCUGGUGGCCAAGGAAAUGGCAGGACCCGGCGUCAUUGUGUCCUUCAUCAUCGCAGCCGUUGCAUCCAUAUUGUCAGGUGUCUGCUAUGCAGAGUUUGGAGUCCGCGUCCCCAAGACCACGGGGUCGGCCUACACCUACAGCUAUGUCACCGUCGGGGAGUUUGUGGCGUUUUUCAUCGGCUGGAACCUGAUCCUGGAGUACCUGAUCGGCACCGCGGCCGGCGCCAGCGCUCUGAGCAGCAUGUUUGACUCACUGGCCAACCACACGGUCAGCCGCCGGAUGGCGGACAGCGUGGGGACCCUCAACGGCCUGGGGAAAGGAAAACAAUCAUACCCGGACCUUCUGGCUUUGGUGAUCGCAGUCAUCGUCACCAUCAUUGUCGCACUGGGGGUGAAGAAUUCCGUGGGCUUCAACAACGUACUCAAUGUGCUGAACCUGGCAGUGUGGGUGUUCAUCAUGAUUGCAGGCUUCUUCUUCAUCAACGGGAAAUACUGGGCUGAGGGCCAGUUCUUGCCCCACGGCUGGUCAGGGGUGCUGCAAGGAGCAGCCACAUGUUUCUAUGCGUUCAUUGGCUUUGACAUCAUCGCCACCACUGGAGAGGAAGCCAAGAAUCCCAACACAUCCAUCCCUUAUGCUAUCACUGCCUCCCUGGUCAUCUGCCUGACAGCAUAUGUAUCCGUGAGCAUGAUCUUAACUCUGAUGGUGCCAUAUUACGCAAUUGACACGGAAUCCCCUCUCAUGGAGAUGUUUGUGGCUCGUGGGUUCUAUGCUGCAAAAUUCAUAGUGGCCAUCGGCUCAGUUGCAGGACUGACAGUCAGCUUGCUGGGCUCCCUCUUCCCAAUGCCGAGGGUCAUUUAUGCCAUGGCUGGCGAUGGGCUCCUUUUCAGGUUCCUGGCUCACGUGAGCUCCUACACGGAGACCCCAGUGGUGGCCUGCAUCGUGUCGGGGUUCCUGGCGGCUCUCCUCUCCUUAUUAGUCAGCCUGAGAGAUCUGAUUGAGAUGAUGUCCAUCGGCACCCUCCUCGCCUACACCUUGGUCUCUGUCUGUGUCUUGCUCCUUCGAUACCAACCAGAAAGUGACAUUGAUGGGUUUGUCAAGUUUUUGUCUCAGGAGCACACAAAGAAGAAGGAGGGCAUUCUGGCUGAGUGUGAGAAGGAAGUUUGCUCUCCUGUGAGUGAAGGGGAAGAGUUUUCCGGCCCAGCCACCAACACAUGUGGGGCUAAGAACUUACCAUCCUUGGGAGACAAUGAGAUGCUCAUAGGGAAAUCAGACAAGUCAACCUACAACGUCAACCACCCAAACUACGGCACCGUGGACGUGACCACAGGCAUAGAAGCCGAUGAAACUGAAAACAUUUAUCUCAUCAAGUUAAAGAAGCUGAUUGGGCCCCGUUACUACACCAUGAGGAUCCGGCUGGGCCUUCCAGGCAAGAUGGACCGGCCCACAGCAGCGACAGGGCACACGGCGACCAUCUGCGUGCUCCUGCUCUUCGUCCUCAUGUUCAUCUUCUGCUCCUUCAUCAUCUUCGGUUCCGACUACAUCUCAGAGCAGAGCUGGUGGGCCGUCCUUCUGGUCAUUCUCAUGGUGCUGCUGAUCAGCAUCCUGGUGUUUGUGAUCCUGCAGCAGCCAGAGAACCCCAAGAAGCUGCCCUAUAUGGCUCCCUGUCUCCCCUUUGUGCCUGCCUUUGCCAUGCUGGUGAACAUCUAUCUCAUGCUGAAGCUCUCCACCAUCACGUGGAUCCGGUUUGCGGUCUGGUGCUUUGUGGGUAUGCUCAUUUAUUUUGGGUACGGCAUCUGGAACAGCACCCUGGAAAUCAGCGCCCGAGAAGAAGCCCUGCACCAAAGCACGUACCAGCGUUACGACGUGGACGACCCCUUCUCAGUGGAAGAAGGUUUCUCCUAUGCCACAGAGGGCGAGAGCCAGGAGAACUGGGGCGGGCCUGCCGAAGACAAAGGCUUCUAUUACCAGCAGAUGUCAGAUGCACAGGCAAACACCCAGACGAGUAGCAAGGCGAAGAGCAAAAGCAAACACAAACAGAACUCAGAGGCCCUGAUUGCCAAUGAUGAGUUAGAUUACUCUCCAGAGUAG